UAUGGGCAGAUCAGAGGCAGAUGGAUGCUCUAAUGGCUCUGGGUUUCACAGCAGGAAGUGGCGUCCUGUCAGAGCCUGAGGAGGAUGAUGGACUUCCUCCUGCGUAUCUCUGAGCGUUUCUCGGUCACAGAGUUAACAAGAUCAGAGCUGACGUUCUGCAGCGCUGCGGCGUUACGGCCUGAUAACACCAGCGUCGGGGCAGGAAACAGCGUGCUGCGUGUCGCAAUGAUCUGGGAGAACAGCCUGGAGUGUUAUUGGGACGUGAGGGUCUGGUACAGAGACGCUGAUCCGCUCCCCUCCCGCUCGGAGCCGCUGGAGGUGAUAAGGACAGAGACACGGCUAUCUGAGCUCACAGAGUCUCAGGACGUCUCACUGCGGCCCGGCACACGGACAGACAGACAGGCGGAGAGAGAGACAGAGAGACAGACAGACAGGCGGAGAGAGAGACAGAGAGACAGACGGACAGGCAGACAGACAGAGCGACAGAGAGACAGAGAGACAGACAGACAGACAGAGAGACAGGUGGAGAGAGAGACAGACAGACAGAGGGACAGACAGAGAGAGAGACAGACAGACAGAGGGACAGACAGAGAGAGAGAGACAGACAGACAGAGGGACAGACAGAGGGACAGACAGAGAGAGAGACAGACAGACAGAGGGACAGACAGAGAGAGAGAGAGACAGACAGAGAGACAGACAGAGAGAGAGACAGACAGACAGAGGGACAGACAGAGAGAGAGAGAGACAGACAGAGAGACAGACAGAGAGAGAGACAGACAGACAGACAGACAGAGAGUUGGACAGAGAGACAGACAGACAGACAGACAGACAGACAGACAGAGAGAGAGUCAGACAGAGAGAGAGAGAGAGAGAGAGAGAGAGAGAGAGAGAGAGAGACAGGCAGACAGACAGACAGGCGGUUGGGGUUCAGCUGUUUGUGUUAGUGGGGUUUCAUGAACAGAAUGAAGUCUUUACAUUAAAGUCGGAAAGCCGGAGUGCACGAGCUGUUUUUAUUCAUCAGCUACAGAACACAAAUCCAAUUUCAGUCAAAUUUUAUUUUUCAAAUCAAACUUGUGUCAUGUUCACUAACGCUGUAAACAUCCAUUAAAGGAGCAAUUGAGCCAGAAAUAAAAGCUCCACAGUGCCUUUACCCCAAAUACAGCCGGUCCACAAGGCUAGCGUUUGACUGUGUGAUGACUUACGCCAGCAGAUUUAGCGCAUGAUGCUAAAGCGGAGGUUGGAGUCCAUUUGGUGUAAGUGUGUAAAUUCCUGCAGGGUUUCUCCUUCAGGAUCAUUUAACAUUAGCACCUUUUUUUCCUACUGCACUCUUUUUUCUCCCUACUGUACAGACACACAUCAAUAACCUGCAUAUUGAAUGAAAGUUACAUGGUGCAGCUUUUCUGUAAUCGCUGUCCCUCGUGUGGAAGUGAGCGAGAGGACAGAGAGUGGACAAGGACGAUGAGGUUGUGCUUUAGCGCCUGUAGCAGGUUGCUAAUGCAGCCGCGGUGUUUUACACCUCCACACACGUCUUCAGGGAGACGAGAGCGACUCGGCGCUAACCUGUGGUGGUAAUGGACCAUGAGGGGUGGAGGGGU